UGUUUUCAGUCAUAGUACCGGAACAAUGCCUGAAGUAAACACAGACAGUCUUGAUGAGCAGCAGGUGCAGCUGUUGGCUGAGAUGUGCAUUCUUAUUGAUGAAAAUGACAAGAAGAUUGGUGCAGACACUAAGAAAAAUUGCCAUCUGAAUGAAAACAUUGAAAAAGGAUUAUUGCACCGUGCUUUCAGUGUUUUCCUGUUCAAUACAGAAGACAAACUGCUGCUGCAGCAGAGAUCAGAUGCUAAAAUUACCUUUCCAGAUUGUUUUACCAAUACUUGUUGCAGUCAUCCGCUAAGUACUCCACUAGAAUUAGAAGAAGGUGAUGCUAUUGGUGUACGAAGAGCAGCGCAGAGACGAUUAAAAGCAGAACUGGGAAUUCCCAUGGAACAGGUAACUCCAGAAGACAUCUGCUACUUAACACGAAUUCACUACAAGGCCAAGUCUGAUGGAAUCUGGGGAGAACAUGAAAUUGAUUACAUUUUGUUUGUGCAGAAAGAUGUAACACUGAGUCCUGAUCCUAAUGAAAUCAAAAGCCACUGUUAUGUGACACAGAAAGAACUAAAACAACUCUUGAAAAAAGCAUCAAGAAAUGAAAUUAAGAUUACUCCAUGGUUCAAAUUAGUAGCAGAGACUUUUCUUUUUAGGUGGUGGGAUAACUUGAAAAACCUUAAUAGAUUUCUUGAUCACAAAAAUAUACACAGAAUGUAAAAAAGCAUAGGCACAUAAGAAGAGGAUACCACACUAGUUGGCUCUAUGGUAACAUUAAUUCUUAUAGCUAAGGACUGAUAGAUAGUACAUCUGGGGCAUCUUUUGUGGGAAUUUACUGGGAAUUUACUAUGAAAGGGGACAGUUUCUGUUUUCCUUUAAAAAAGUGUAAUGUUGGUGGGGAAAUUGUUCUUCUAUGUAGCCUAUGGUAGAAGGACCUGCACCAACAAUAAAGCAUAAUUUAGUCUGAGUCUAUUCAGUUUUUGGUCUUUCUUUAAAAGUGAGUGUCAGCAGUUACAUUUGUCCAAAAGUAACUGAUCAAUGUAUGAGGCCCCUGGCAAGUGUUACAGUGCAAUUAGCCUGUUAAUUGCUGCUUAAAUGGUAACUGGGCCACAAGUUCAAGGAAUUGAUGGCACCACAAAAAAGGAAACCACCAAAAAACUACAUGUUUCUUGUAAUGUUUCUUGCAUAAUAUUUUGGUGGCUUGUUUCCAUCAUGCCUUAAAUUGAAUGUGUGGCAGGAUUAGAACUGCACCAAGGUCACCAACUAGCCUCACAAUGUUUCCCACUGGCCAACAAUCCAGCUGAUUCUUGGCAGGCUCCAUAAAAACGGAUUUUGGCUUCCUUGUUGAUAUUCAAGGGACUUCUCAUCAAGGGGAAAAAGUACUUGAAAAUAAGCAGAAUUUCAUCAAAUUCACAAAGUAAUCUUUUCAGUUUGUCUUAAAAUUCUUAUAUGGACUGUAUCUUGUUUCAGCUGUGUCCUAUAAGAAGUUUCUAUAAAGGAGUUACCAACCUCCUGUAGACAAAGGUUUAUUCUUUAUUUAAGAUUUCCUGGAUUGAUUAAUGCAAGCUUGAAAUUCACAAGGACUAGUACUGCAGUCUCAAUAAAAAAGUCUACUUGCCACAUGCUAAGUUCUAAUACUGUUGUAAGAGGCAUCAUUUCUAUUGUAACUAUGAUGUACACAAGGAAUGUAUUGGGUUUUUAAAUAACAUUUUCCCCCUCUUUGGCUGGUUGAUAACUAGUUUUCUAAAUGUCAGCAGUAUGUAACACCAGCUUUACUUUAUGCUCCAAUGUAUUUGUGGACUAGAUACUGAAAAAUAUCAUUUCUGAUUUGAUGCAUUAGAUACUAAAACUUAAAAUAUCAUAUUUAUUUACAUACUGCAUCCACCUUUUUCCCCAAAUUCAGCCUUCCAAAAUUCAGGUACAUAUUGUAAGCAAGGAAAUUAAUUGCAGCUCAAAAAUAAAAACGUAAGGACAGUAUAAUGGCUGUCAGCUGUUUCUCCCAGCCAGGGGAGGAAUGUGGUCUUCAGUUUGGGCAAGGUCCUUUGGGCAGAUGUGAUAACUUUUAUUAGAUCAACUAAAUAGUUAGAAAGAAGUUCUUUGCAAGCUUUCACCCUUUUUCAGGCACUGGGAGACUGCUGCUGUUAUGAGUUCUCCAAGGUAGGAAGGAAACUAAAGUAAACAAGAAGUCUGUGAAGAUGUAAAUGAGUUGGAAUACAAAGGGUAAAGAUAAGAGGGGUAUGGGAGGGAGACAAAAGUGGGAAGGAAUGCGAGUGGUCAGCUAAAAGCAAAUUACCUGGUGUGCUUGUCUGGCAGGUUGCAAUUGGUUAUAAAUCCAAUAUCAGUAUUAACUCCAUGAUUUUUUGUAUCCAAUAGAUUUAUGGAGUGAAGUUCAUAGGCUCGUCUAUGAAAGAUGUUUUGUCUUCAGCUCACAACUUUAACCCUUUCACAGCUGCUGCAAAAUGUAUUAACUUAGCUGCUGUGAAAGGGUUAAAGCAAGCUUUUAACUAGUCAGGAUCCCUUGAAAUGGGCUUUUGGCCCAACUCUGGAUGUUUGGUUUUUCUUUAUUCUGCCUUCUUAAAACUGUAUGUCUUAUUUAGGGGCAUGUGGUAUGUGAAAAAAACAUGGUAGCUGGCUUUUAAAAACAUCUUCCUGUAAAUAUACCAGCACAAUGUCUCUUCUUUUAAGCAUGUAUGCAAAUGUAGAUGGUAGAUUAAAAAAAAUAAAUGAAUGAAACUAACAUCUGAAUUAUUAAGCUAAAAUAGUGAUUUCCAACCUGGGGGUUGGGGGCGCUGUGGGGUGCCAUGAGAUGCGAGGUGUUAAGAUGGUAAGCAGAUAAGUGCAGGCUCAAGCUUGUCCCUACCUGGACUAUCCCGUCCCCACUAUCAGGCCCUUCUUCAAGGAAGGUUAGCACUGUAAUCUAUAAAUUACUUUUUGAACCAGUGCCAUUCAAUUUGCAGAAAUUAUAGAGUGGUCCUCAAGUCCAAAAAUGCUGAAGAAGCACUGAGCUAAAGCAUUCUUGCUGCUAAAGUAUUUAAGUGCACAAAACCCAAGUGUUCUUUAAAUGCAUACAUGCAUUUUCCCUACCAUGUGAAUAGCUUAUAAGGAAUCUAAAGGGUACCCCUGAAAAUUUCAAAUAAAAUAUGCUGUCUUCAAAACUUUAACAUAAAAUGUGUGUUGGGAUUUUGUUACUGCGUAUUUGUAACUCAUUGUCCAAGGACACAAGUUACUUGGCUGUGGAGAACUCUGUUAAAACUUAAUUACAAUUCCAAAAUAAAAAACAGCUUGAAUUAA